AUGACAGUAGAUGAUUCAAAUCCAAAGUUUUGCACAUACUGCGCAGUUCAAGCACAUAGAUCCCCACUAAAAGUUCAUUCAACCCAAUCGUCCAAACAACCAAAAUCUGACCAUCUCCCUACUCAGCCUCACCUCUACUUUCCACCGGAACAUCCCCCGCCCCUCCCUCCCAUCAAAACCCCAACCAAAACCAAAAUACAAACUACACAAAAUACCACUCAGAAACCUUUCACCCCCUCCUAUCCCAUCCACAAACGCGCACACACACAAACCCUCUUCGCUUCCCCUUCCCCCUCUUUCCCCUUCAUCCCGCGGCACUUUCCUUUCCUUCCCCUUCCCCUUCCCCACGCCACGCCAAUCCAAUCCCCAACCCAACUAAACCCAAACCAAGACCCUAAAAUCCUGCACUUAGCGGCCAACCCGCCCCCAGAAAAACCGCGGGAUCUAAAGCGUGCACUGUUGCACACACACACACACACACACACACACACGCGCGCGCGUAGAUCUAGGCCCGAGAACCGAUUGAUCUUAGACGGGUGGGUUCGUUCGUGCGUUUGCGUUUGCGUUUGCGUUCCUCCUCCUCCCCCUUCCCCCCGUGCCGCAAGAACCACUAGCCCCACUUAG